GGAUUAACGGCAGCGGCUCGAGUAUAGCAGCCCGGUUCGCAUCGGAUCAUCUAUUGACCGAGCCUGCCUGUCUGACGGCCACCGACACAGCGGCCGGUUGGCCGCCUGCCUGACUGCGGUGGCCCGGAAAGCAUGCUGCAGCAACCCCCGAGCCUGGAGCAGAAGCAGGCGGCCACGCUAAGGGAGACCCGAGUAAUGGAGGAGUGCAAGUUGAAAGCAGUCACUCCAGCAAAGAAACUGGUCCAAGCACGAUUGCCUUUCAAACGUCUCAAUCCUGUACCAAAGCCAGAAAAUGAACAGACUACUGAUACUAAGCGGACAAAAAUUUCUACUAAUGCACCUGAGCAACUGGCGGCAGUCAAAUUGAUUGCAUCUGAUGAAGAUGUUGAAAAUGACUGCAAAAUAAACUUGGAUGGCCAAACUGGAAAUUCUGCAACAGUGGAUGGGGAUCUGACUCCCUGCAAACUUGUUAAUGGGAAAGGACCUCUUGAUGAUUUCUUGCAAACCACUGAGAAGAAGAAUGCCAUGGUUAAGAUGCACACUAGUGAACACCAUUCCACAAUUGACUUAACAUGUGAUUCUGGCAAUGAAGUUUUGGACAGCAUAGACACAAGUAUAAAACUUCUGGCUUGUGAAAAAGAGCUAAAUGAGAAAACAAAAGUUGGUUCUGAAAGAAAAUGCAACUGGUUUGGUAGCCUGAAGCCUAGUGAAAGUAAAGAGUUAAAUUCUAAAAGUUCAGCCCCUGGGCAGAUUAGCAGGGAAAGUAAAACUUAUCAAGGACAAGAAAUUGAAAGCAAUAGCCCAAUUGUGAACAGUGGGUUGAGAGGCAGAGUGCCAGUGGUGGUUUUAAAAGACAUAAUGGCUGACAAGGCCUGCUGGACUGGGAAUCUAGAGAAGGGCAUAGUGCAAGUAGGAGGACCUGGGGCAUUUACAAAUGAAAGCAGUGAGUCACCCAUCAGUUCUCUAUCAAGUUCUGUUUCGGCUACUGAUAGCUCACCAGAAGCAAGGUCUCCAGCGGAUGAAAGAAGUCCCAGAUCUGCAUUCUCAACAUCUGGAAGCAAGGUUACACAAACACCAAAGUUGCAGGGCAAGAGACUCAAGCAGCAACAGGAGCGUGAAGAGAAAAGGCUAAAACUAAAAAUAGAAAAGGAAGAGCGGGAGCGUGCAAGAGAAGAGGCCAGACUUGCCAAAGAACGUGCAAAGGAAGAAGCUAAGAGGAAAAAGGAUGAGGAAAAAGAACAAAAAGAUAAGGAAAGGAGAGAGAAAAAAGAGAAAGAAGAAAAAGAAAAAGCAGAACGGCUAAGGUUAAAGGAAGAAAGACGGAAAGAAAAACAAGAUGCAUUGGAGGCAAAAUUGGAAGAAAAGAAAAAGAAGGAAGAGGAGAAACGGUUGAAAGAAGAAGAAAAACGUUUGAAGGCAGAGAAAGUUAAAGAGAUUUCAGAAAUAACAAGAUUCUUCCAAAAACCAAAGGCUCCACAAGCCCCUAAGACUCUAGCUGGAUCUUGUGGGAAGUUUGCCCCUUUUGAAAUCAAAGAACACAUGGUACUUGCUCCAACAAGCCGGAUAUACUUAGAUCAAGAAGAUCUUGAACAGUUAGAUGAAUUGCUGGAACGUCAGAGUUUUAAUUCUAAUUACAUUAAAGAAUUGCACAACCAGAAACCAAGAACAUCAGGACCUACAAGUCCUAAAAUAAGCAUCACAGAUGAAAAUUUGUGCAGCGAUGAUGUGAUUGUGAUUGACACUAAUGUAAGUAGUGGAAUCGUUGAGCGGAAAAAGUUUUGCAGGAUGAAGUUAUUACAGUUUUGUGAAAAUCACCGUCCUGCCUACUGGGGAACCUGGCAGAAGAAAAGUACGAAGGUGAACCCUCGGAAUCCUUUGGCUAAAGAUGAGCAGUUGUUGGAUUAUGAAGUGGAUAGUGAUGAUGAAUGGGAAGAAGAAGAACCUGGUGAAUCUCUCUCCCACAGUGAAGGAGAUGAUGAUGAUGAGGCAGAUGAUGAAGAUGAUGAUGAUGGAUUUUUCGUCCCUCAUGGCUAUCUGUCUGAAGGAGAAGGUGCAACUGAUGAAGAAGGUGAAAAUCCUGAAAAGCAGAAAAUUCGUCAGAAGAUGAAGGCAAAGGAAUGGGAUGAAUUGAUGAAAGGAAAGAAAUUUCAGGUCCUGCAGCCUACCCUGAUCGGAUGUUUUUGGGAAAGCGACAGUACUGUUUUGCAGAGUUCGGCCGUGAAGAUACUUCAGCAAUUUUCAGUCUGUCUGUUUGAAAACCAAAUGGAGGAUGAACAGAUACAAGAAAUACACAAUGGGAAAUUAAAAGAGGAACAAAUAUUAAUAAGUCUGCUUCCACUUCUC